AUGAGUUUUGGUUUCAGCGUGGGGGAUUUUCUAGCCAUCAUCGAGCUCUCGAUGAGAGUUCGGAAGGAAUUUGCAGACGCCCCGGCCCAGUUCCACGCCGUAUCUGCCGAGAUUCGGAGUCUCUCGAUAGUUCUUCAGGAUGUCGAUGCCUUCCUGUCACAUCAGAGCAUCAAUGGGUCACAGUUAGAGGCACUCAAGGAAGUCGCCAGCAGCUGCCGCACCGUACUUGGCGAUCUGGCGAAGCUCCUCAGCAGAUAUAUGUCCUUGAAUGUGCAGGGCCAGGGUGUUAAACGUAAGGUCAUAAGAGCCUGGAAACGCCUCGAAUGGGAGCCUAGAGAUGUCUGUGAGCUCAGGAGUCGCAUCACAUCGAACAUCGUGCUUCUCAAUUCUCUCGUUCAUGGGAUUAGCCGAGAUAAUACUGUCUACUUGGUACACGUCCAAGAGAAACGCGAGCAUCAGGAGAUCCUCGACUGGCUCACCAGCGUGGAUUAUGCGGCUCAGCAAAGCGACUUUCUUGGACGUCGACAGGCAGGAACAGGUCAAUGGUUCUUGAAAUCUCCACAGUAUGAAGCAUGGGCUUCUAACAGAGGCCAGAGCCUCUUUUGCCCCGGUAUACCCGGAGCCGGGAAAACGAUACUUGCCUCUGUCGCUGUUAACGACCUUGCCAGCCAACUCUCUUCAGACCUAUCUUUCGGCCUGUGCUACAUAUUCUGCAACUUCCGCCAAAAUAGCGAACAGAGUUUUGGCAAUAUAAUGCUGAGCCUGCUCAGACAGCUAAACCAAUAUACACAUUCGUUACCCCAGGCCGUGAUCAACCUCUAUGGCAGGCAUCAAGGCAAACAUACGAAACCUUCAACAUCUGAGAUAUGCGACGCCGUGGAAAGAGUUAUAUUGACCAAAUCUCGAACAUUCAUCGUCAUAGAUGCACUAGAUGAACUACAAAUAUCUGAUGGAAGCAGAUCAAAGUUGAUAUCGGCGCUAUUCAAUUUAAGAGACAAGUUCAGCGCCAACAUCUUGGUAACGUCCCGAUUCACACCUGAUAUCAGCCAAAGCUUUGAAGGCAGUCCAUCUUUAGAGAUUUCUGCAAGCUAUGCGGACAUAUUGACGUACUUGGAUGAACAAAUUCCUUAUCUUUCUGUGGUUAUCUCGGGCAACCCUGCGCUUUGCAACGAUGUGAAGCACUGUAUAGCUGAAAGCGUGAGCGGAAUGUUUCUUCUUGCUCAGCUUUACCUCGAUUCGUUGAGGGGCAAGCGAUCCCCAAAGGCAGUACGAGCUGCCUUGGGAAGCAUAUCCAAUAAGAUACCUGGGAACGAUGCAAUACAUGUUGCAUAUCGCGAUGCUAUGGAUCGGAUUUAUCGACAAAUGCGCGACCAGACAGACCUUGCUAUGGAAGUGCUAUUGUGGAUCACCUGCGCAAGAAGACCACUGUCUGUCAUAGAGCUUCAGCAGGCCCUGGCUGUUGAACUCAAUGAGGCAGCAUUCGACGAAGAAAACCUGACAAACAUUCAAGAAAUCGUGUCAGUUUGUUAUGGGCUUGUCACUGUUGAUACGGAGAGUAAUAUUGUACGGUUGGUUCAUUAUACUGCGCAACAAUUCUUCGAGCAAACCCAGAAAGAAUGGUUCCCUGCCGCAGACGAGCACAUCACGAAAGUAUGCAUUACCUACCUCUCAUACAAAGUCUUCGAAGAAGGACCUUGUAAGAGUAGACAGGAACUGAAGAACCGACUUAGCUCCUAUCCACUCUACGAGUACGCAACCGCCUUCUGGGGGUUCCAUGCCCAAAUGGCAAACAUGGUGAUUGAGUUCCUCAAUUUUCUACAAAAUGAGCCGAGGCUUGAAUCGGCUACUCAAGCAUUGAGCAUCAUGUUGAUUAGAUCAGGGCCACCCAUAGCACACGAUACCGGACUAAAGGUGAGAACUGCUACUGGCCUACACAUGGCAGCUCACUUUGGGUUCGAAGAAGCAGUCAGCAGACUCCUCGAGCUUUAUAAUCCUGACACCCGAGAUAGCGAUGGCUAUACACCUCUUCACUGGGCAACCGCUGUAUCUCGUCAAACUGUUCCCCUCUCCAUCGCCGCCUUGAACGAAGAUUAUGAUCUAGUCCACUUUUUCCUAGAGAAAGGCGCCGAUGUCAAUGCAGCUGACGAUGACGGGGUGACAGCGCUUAUGUAUGCUGCUAAAUAUGGUUCCGCGGAUGUGGUACGGCUUCUCAUUCAGCGAGGUGCACAUGUGAACGCAACGAACGACCGUGGACAGACAGCCCUUGCACUCAGAACCACCAGCGACAAGAUACUCACAGCUCUUCUUGAAAACGGCGCCGAUCCAAAUAUUGCCAGCGUAAGAGGUACCACGCCGUUGAUGAAUGCUGCCCGGGACGGUGCAAUCUCGUCGGUGAGGCAGCUGAUAGAAUAUCGGGCCGACGUUCACGCCAAAACUGAUGAAGGCUUCACGGCACUGGCCUACGCCGCCGAGUUCGGCAGAUUGGAUACAGUCAGCCUACUUCUUGAGUGCAAUGCGGACCCAAACUCACAGGAUAACAUGGGCCGUCCACCUGUAUUCUACGCCGUAGUAGGAGGGCACGAGGGCACUGCAGCCCUCCUUCUUUGUUGCCCCAACGUUGAUGUCACUAUAAAAGAUGUCUACGGCAACACUGUACUCUCGGUCGCUGCAAGAUUAGGUUGCGUCGGGACAGUAGUCACACUUCUUUCCUUGCUUGAUAUUGAACCUAAUCCGCGAGACCAGUUUGGACGAACGCCGCUGUGGUGGGCUCGGUAUCAGGGACAUGAUCGGAUUGUUACACUUUUGACUGCAGCUUCGCCGAGUGCCAAUGACGAACACGGGUCCGUGGCUAUUGCUGCUCAUCCAAGUAGUCAUCUUCAGGGUUAUUCAUUGUACUGCGAUGCAUGUCUGCUUCCCAUUCCGGAGGAAGAGUCAUAUUACAGGUGCAGGCUGUGCAAUGGAGGAAACUUUGACAUCUGUGUCUCUUGCCGAGACCUUGGCGCAGACUGCUUGAACAGCUUACACAGUUUGGUGGCCACGACAAAGCGUUAUGAGUAG